AUGUCCCGCUGCCUGAGAGGCCGGCCACUGGCCAGCCAGCAAGAGUCUCUCUUUGCCACUGAAGAAGGGAAACCUAUAUCCAGAUUGCAGCUUUCUGCUCACCUCUGCCUGCUCUGCCAAUCCUGCUGGCUCCUACCUGAGUACAACUCUACGCAUUCACCACGCAUAGGCACAGCUACAACUGCAUCUUCCAUCGUCCCCGUCUCGACGCUCAAGGCUACGGGUCGAUGGUCCCGAUCAGCCUUUGAAUGA